AUGGAGAAAGCUGCACUGCUGCUGUUUUGUUGCCUGGUCAUGUCUUUAUCAGGCUCCCCGCUCUACCCGUCCAUUAGGUUUGGCCAGAGGGACACAUCCAUCCUGAUGACAUCUUCUAUGAGGAAUCCAGCAGAGCAGCUGGAGGAUGAAACGAGUCCUCCCAGGGAGCGGGCAGAGUUACGCUCCGAACGGCACGCUGAUGCCAUCUUCACAAACAGUUACAGGAAGGUGCUCGGCCAGAUCUCUGCCAGGAAGUUCCUUCAGACGAUCAUGGGCAAACGGCUCGGAGAUAAAAGUGAGAGCUACAUGAAACGUCAGUCAGACAUCUACGAAGGGACCUAUAAAGAAGAUCUUACAUCCAUCCGGAGCAAUCAGAGAUACAGAGGAGUGCAGGGGAACGUCAUGAGGCCAAGGUGAAUUAAUACUAUUAGAGCUUUAUACUCUGGAGCUCAGAGCUCUGAGGAAAGCAUAAUGACAUGUUAG